GUCCGAGGAUGCUGGCCGCGUCCUGCGGUUUGCCUGCGCUGAUGUGAGCCAGCGCCCAGAAGCGAGCUGCGUUCCGGUGCCGCGGACUGGCUGCCGGCAGGGCUGUGUGCAGUCACCAUGAAUGCUCAGCUCUAGGCUGCUGGAACAGCCUCCCGACUGCAUGGAUUUGGCUGUUUAAUCAGCCGAGAUUCCUGCCGGGGAAGAUUUCAGAGCUUGAUCCGCGCUCCAGCUGCGGUGACAACUUCGGGGCUGGCUGUUUACUUGUGCAGGUUCCGCGGACUCUGUCCUGCACCGCAGCUACCCUCGCCACUGGCCUGCUCGGCUCGGGAGUCAGCCGUCAGGACUCCUCUGACGGUCCCCAGAAAGGGGGAGCCAGGAGGGGUUCAAAGACGAGCAGGAACCCCCUCAACUGCUCAGCCUCUCGUGACUGCCUGUGCUGUGGGGUUCUGAGAGGGACCGUGCGCUUUCCGGGGAAGCAAUGCAAGUCUCCAUAGCCUGCACUGAGCACAAUCUGAAGAGUCGGAAUGGUGAGGACCGACUUCUGAGCAAGCAGAGCUCCACCGCCCCCAAUGUGGUGAACGCAGCCCGGGCCAAAUUCCGCACGGUCGCUAUCAUCGCGCGCAGCCUGGGGACCUUCACCCCCCAGCAUCACAUUUCUCUCAAAGAGUCCACCGCAAAGCAGACUGGCAUGAAAUACAGGAAUCUUGGAAAAUCAGGACUCAGAGUUUCUUGCUUGGGUCUUGGAACAUGGGUGACAUUUGGAGGUCAAAUUUCAGAUGAGGUUGCUGAAAGGCUGAUGACCAUUGCCUAUGAAAGUGGUGUUAACCUCUUCGAUACUGCUGAGGUCUAUGCAGCUGGAAAGGCUGAGGUGAUUCUGGGGAGUAUCAUCAAGAAGAAAGGCUGGAGGAGAUCCAGCCUCGUCAUAACAACUAAGCUCUACUGGGGUGGAAAAGCCGAAACAGAAAGAGGGCUAUCAAGAAAGCAUAUUAUUGAAGGACUGAAAGGCUCCCUGCAGAGGCUGCAGCUGGAGUAUGUGGAUGUGGUCUUUGCAAAUCGUCCAGACAGCAACACCCCCAUGGAAGAAAUUGUUCGAGCCAUGACACACGUGAUAAACCAAGGCAUGGCGAUGUACUGGGGCACCUCGAGGUGGGGCGCUAUGGAGAUCAUGGAAGCCUAUUCUGUAGCAAGACAGUUCAAUAUGAUCCCUCCAGUCUGUGAACAAGCUGAGUACCAUCUUUUCCAGAGAGAGAAAGUGGAGGUCCAGCUGCCUGAGCUCUACCAUAAAAUAGGGGUCGGCGCAAUGACAUGGUCCCCACUUGCCUGUGGAAUCAUCUCAGGAAAAUACGGAAAUGGGGUACCUGAAAGCUCCAGGGCUUCGCUGAAGUGCUACCAGUGGUUGAAAGAAAGAAUUGUAAGUGAAGAAGGGAGAAAACAGCAAAACAAGCUAAAAGACCUUUCUCCAAUUGCUGAGCGUCUGGGAUGCACACUACCUCAGCUGGCUGUUGCCUGGUGCCUGAGAAAUGAAGGCGUGAGUUCUGUGCUCCUGGGAUCGUCCACUCCUGAGCAACUCAUUGAAAACCUUGGUGCCAUUCAGGUUCUCCCAAAGAUGACAUCACAUGUGGUAAACGAGAUUGAUAACAUAUUGCGCAACAAGCCCUACAGCAAAAAGGACUAUAGAUCCUAAGGCAAUGCAUGAGCCACGGAAGCUGCAUGGAUAAAAUAGCAGCCUGUACCCAGUACAGGCUGGUGUUACUAGCCACCCUUUCCAGUCACUUAGCAGCCUGCUGCUAGACCUCUAGUGUCCCUGGAUUCUCUGGUGUCUGCUGUCGCUACCACCGUGCACCUGAAUUCUAAGCACAUGUGAACACUCAUAACCAAGAAAUCCAUUCUAUUUUCUUAUCUUAGACUGGAGUCCCCUAUCCUUGCAUUGCUCUGUACGCCUCAUGCUUAUGCAAUGAGAAGAAAUAUGGGGGAAAAGACAUAUUACUUUCAGGUAUUUGUUACCUUAAAGAAGGCUGUAUAGAUAUAUUUUUUCAAAAGAACAAAACCCACAAAUGCAGUAUGAAUUGCAUGAAAGGCAGAGUACACUAUCCUCAUACAGAAGUCUUGUUCGGGAGGAUAAGCAGAAACAAUUUUACAUUCUUUUCUUAUUUCAUAUUUGUAUUAUUAGAAAGUUUUAUUUCACUUGUCAUUCAACAAGUUUCUGAGAAAAUGCUUUCAUUGCCUUUCUGAGUAUUUACUGAUGCUUGGUCCUAUACAAUUUAUUCAGAGUAUUUUUUAGGGUUCUAAUGUUAUGUCCAUUUACAUGUAGAGAUGACACAUGAGUACUCCACUUUUCAAUUAGAGACGAUGUGGAUAAUCUAUGACAGGGUUACAGUGACACAGAAGCUUAGGCUUUGAAUAAAAUGUAUAUGCACUGAGUGUUCAUUUUUUACACAUUUUAUUAAAACCUGCUUUAUACUUUCAAUUGCUUGUAAAUAUGACUCCUGCAAGUUUAAAUAUUUGAGCUUUAAAAACAUACAUAUGCUGUUUUGUAAGUAAACCUGUAAAAUACCCACAAAGGCAAACGUUCACUAUUUAACUACCACUGGGACUUUUCAAUGUAAUGGUUGGUAUAUCUGAGGAGUUACUAACCUAAAAAUAGGGUUUGUGAAAAAUGUCACUAUUCAGAAUAUGCUGAGUCUAUUAACUUUCCCAGUGAAAAGCAAAAUACCCAUGAAGCUCCUGAUUCUAUAUUAUAUGCACCAUACUAUAUGCAUGAAAACUGCAUGGAUUCAAGGGGCUUAGCUUUGUUGCACUCAGAAUCUGAGGCGUAUCUAGCCCUUCCACUAUUGGCUAUGUUUCCUUAAUAUCCCACUUGAAAAAAACUGAGAAUAUACUUUGUGGCUAUCUGUUAAAAAGAAGAAAACAUGUCGUAUUUUUCAGGGUUAAGAGUGGUUGUUUAAUUCUAUUUGGAUGCCUGAGGAUGUGCAAGAUUCUAAUUUACAAGAUUCUGAAUUGCAUGUAGCUUCCAUUGUACUGCUACUGGCUAAUUCAAUUAUCUGGUCAUCAAGUUUCCCAUAGAGAAAUCAUUUUGAAAUUUACAUAAGAAAUCUAUCUUAAAAUGCUGUUUUGUAAUCACUUCCAGAUCACUACUUCAUGGUUAAGUUCUAAAUCUUAAAACCUUAGAUACCAACAAAUAUUUCUUUGUGAUCACUAUUUGUUGUCUGAUACAGUUUGGAUUUUUUGCCUAUGACUAUCAGAUUAAUGAUGGAAAAUGAUUCCUUUCUCAGCUUUUGUGUACUCAAUCCAGUGAACUACUGUAUGUAUGAGAUGAGGCACUAACUUAAUGAGAAAUGCAAUU